GCAGUUACGUGCAAACAUGCAUAUCUAUGUUACUUAUAAUAAAUUAAUUUAUUAUAAUUAAUGGGGAUGCAAUUAAUUCAGUUUUCGAUCCCUGUGAUUAUGUUACGUGAGGGAGAGGAAUUACAAGAAUGUUCCACAUCUAGUCAGGAUAACGAGUCCAUUACCAAACAGCUUUCUGGAACUCUGGAACGUAACCAAAGUUUUCUUAUUCCAGAUGUACUUCCCCUCGUCUGCACCUUCCUCGCCAUCCCAGAGAUAAAGACGUGCCGACUCAUCUCUAAAUCCUGGAACUAUGGCCCACGCCCACCCUAAAAGCCCGGACAACAACAAAAAUUCCAGUCUAUCCUGGAUAUUAUACGGAUGGCUCGGACGCCAAAGUAAUUGAAGGUGGAGCAGACCCAACUUUAGAACGAUUAAAAUUCUCCCCCGUCAACAUCCAUCUGCUGCUUCCCCGUGUACGGGAUAACACUCCGAAACCACCUCCCCCCAAAAAUGUCCCAUCACUCCCCAACCUCAAAUCAAUUAUUAUCCAGUACGCGCCUCAUGCACAAUGCAUCAAAGUGAAAAACUUUUGUCACAAACUUAUCCGCAGCUCGUGUCCCAAGUUGGAGGAGCUGACCAUUCUUAACCACCACGCCCUCGACUUUCCUCCCCUUCGUGACACUAUUUUUCCUAAGCUGAAGAGAUGCGUUAUCGAUUACACUAGGAUUUACGGGAACGUAAGAAAUGAGUGUAGAACAUACCAUGAAAUUGGUCACGCCUUAACGGUAGCCUUCCCAGCGUUGGAGCACCUCGAAAUUAACAGCUACCAAUUAUACCAAGUUGUAAUGAUUCCAAAAUUUCAAGAUCUCGUAUCAAAGCUUCCUGUAUCACUUAACUCAUUAUUUUUGAAGGGAGUCCUUGACCUGCCUUUGGCUAUAAGUCUGCUCAAAAUUCCUGGUCCUUUGAAGACACUUAAAUUUCUAGAUCUCAAAUUCGAUAUCGACAUCAGUGACGAGCUGACCACGACUUUCUAUAAAUUACUAAAGAAGCAUUCCUCCACCCUGGAAGAACUUUGCAUCCACAUUUCAUGGCUUUAUGAGAGACCCCUAGAAUGGAAGUUGCCCGCAUUUCCGGUUUUGAAAACCCUCGUGCUCAGAAAUGGUAAUACGUUCCAAAAAGUCAAAUUUGAAACAUGCUCCGGUUCAUUUGGACGGAUCGAUUACCACGCUUGUUUCCCUGCCUUGGAAACUUGCCGGGUGUCCAGCAAUUCGAACGAGUUUUCCACCGCAUUUCUCCCACCGGUAGGAUAUCCAGUCGUCGAGUCGGUGAAAAAGGUGGAGAUGUACCAGGAGGGUCAAGAGGAUCGCGAAGUAACUAAAGGGAACAUUCGCGCCCGACUCUUGGAAAGUUUUCCUAAUGCGAGAAAUUCGAUAGAGGUUAAUAUUUUCUAAUUCUGCUCCAAACUCUCACAGAAAGCAAUCGGAUUUUCUCAGGGUGAAUAAAUUGUACCGUAAAUCAAAGCAGGGUCCUAAAUAUUUGGUACCGUCUAUGUAUACAGAUGCAUUCCCAUCAUCAGUCAGUCAAAGUCAAUGACACCCACACCAUGAAAUCCUAUAAUACACACACACACAUGUACUACUUACAUACGUAUCAACAAAAUAUUUAUGCAACCCAACCUAAAUUAAAUAAACAGUAAAUAUUUUUACAAAAGACAAUUAUUUCUUUAGUAAUCCAAUUAUAAUUUACACACUGAGUCGCCUGAUGUAUGCUAAUUUUAUAGGAAAUAGAUAUGUACAACAACCAAGGUCGUAAUUGUUAUUUAGUAAUUUUAGGAAAGAACACAUUUCUCCAACGUUUGCAUACUACUAAAGCUUCCGACGUAAUUAAUUAAUAGUCUUUUUACCCCUCAUAUAUGUACAUACACCCACUUAAGCCUAGUUUAAACUUCUGUGAUUCGAGUGAUCUUUUUUACUGACUGCUUGGGUGCUUUACUGCAUGCUGUUAGUUAAUCGCUUUA